GAAUUAUUUUUGGUUGUAGAAAGACAUCAAAUCCUAUCCACUUUUCAGUCAAAUCCGCUUUCGAAUGCUUUCUUUUUAACAACCUUCGUGCUCCCGAUCAAUCUAUAUCUUCUUCCUCUCGACUUUGUAUGCGCAACCCAUUUCUUCCCCGAUCAUCAAAAACAAAACCCAUCAAGGAAACUUCAAAAUAUGGUCUCUCUGAUGGUUGUAGUUUCAUCAAUCCUUAUGAUCUUAUCGACUCUGUUCCAAGUUUCUGUUGCUGGCGUAACAGGGGAAUCCUCUGUUCCGGCCAUCCCAGUAGAAGCCGAAACUCAAGUCUGUCGGCUGGACCUAUCCGACGAGCUAUUCGGGGGAGUGAGCCAAGCCUGCAAUGGGAACCUAGACCGGAGCCGGUGCUGUCCAGUGCUAGCGGCAUGGCUCUUUGCAGCUCAUGCCAGGUCGGCGUUAGAAGUGUCGGCUCCAGCGCCAACAGCCGAAAUAGAUCUGCCAUUGAUGCCAGACGAUUCCCAGAAAUGCGUGGAGUCAUUACAAAACUCGUUGGUUAAGCGCAAUAUCAGAAUUCCGCAGCCCAAUUCCAGCUGCGACGCUGUAUUGUGCUUCUGUGGAAUUCGUCUCCACCAGAUAAGUUCCCUGUCUUGUCCAGCAGCAUUCAAUCUCUCCGGCUUCCACAACGCCACCCCAACGCCGGCAGUGCGUGAUCUGGAGAAGAAUUGCCGCAACGCAUCCUACUCCGGUUGCACCAAAUGCCUCGGCGCACUCCAAAAGGUGAAGGGAGCUAGAGACACCAGCACCACCGAAAGAGCAACCAAAAUGUUCAACAGAGACUGCCAACUGAUGGGGCUAACAUGGCUGCUCGCUCGCAACAAAACGGCGUACAUUCCAACAGUUUCAGCGGUUCUAAGAGCCAUAAUGUACAGUGCCCACCCGCCUCACGACUCAAAGUGCAGCCCAGAUCAAGAAAACAUGCCACUGGCCGUUGAUUCCCUUCAAUUAGACAACACACAGUCCUCCACUUCAUCACCCUCGACCUUCAUGUAUCCAUUCUUACCCUUAACAGCAGUGCCCUUCAUCUGGUUCUUGACACAUCCGUAAUAUGAGCUUCCGUUGGGCCGUAGUUUCUUGGGAUAUUUUGGAGGGAAAGACCAUGUCGUGUCUGUCACAUGAAAGCUGUUGAUUUUGUGUCUUUUUUCUUAACCCUACAGUAAAAUUGGGUUUGGUGGGACAGAUC